AUGGCGCCACAGGAUUCUUUCAUAGAGGAAGACGAAGAUGUCUGCCCUCUUUGCAUCGAAGAGUUUGAUUUGUCCGACCGAAACUUUCGCCCUUGUCCCUGCGGCUACCAGGUCUGUCAGUUUUGCUUUAAUAACAUAAAAAAUAACAUGAAUGGUCUGUGUCCGGCAUGUCGACGACCUUACGACGAGAAGACCAUUCAGUGGAAAGUCGUGACACAAGAAGAGGUUGCCGAGUUCCGUGCAAAUAUACAAAAAAAUCAACGCAAGCGAGCUCAAGAACAGCGCCAGAAGGAGGUUCAAAAACGCGAAGCUGAAAAAGAGAAUCGCAAAAACCUUAUCGGAGUACGUGUUGUACAGAAGAAUCUGGUUUAUAUUACAGGUUUAGCACCCACCGUCCGCGAGGAUGAACUUCUGAAGACGCUUCGGAAGCCCGAAUUUUUUGGGCAGUACGGUGUUAUUCAAAAGAUUUCGAUUAGUAAUCGGAAGAGUUCGGAUGGUCAACACCAUUCGCUGGGCAUCUAUGUCACUUUUGAAAAACCUGAUGAAGCGACUAGGUGUAUCCAAGCUGUUCAUGGGUCACAGAACGGUGACCGGAUACUUAAGGCUCAAUACGGCACAACUAAGUACUGUUCUGCAUGGCUCAAGAACGAGAAAUGCAACAAUCCUGGCUGCAUGUUUCUGCACGAACAAGGCGAUGAAGAGGACAGCUAUACUCGCCAAGAUUUAUCAUCCAUGAACAGCAUCCACACACAGCGGCCGCUGCCUGGAGGAAACAACAGCUCUUUCCGCACAACCCCUCGACAGCAAGCCUCGCAGCCGACCCUAACGGCUAUUUCGCAAAGUAUGGCGCGUUCUUCUAGUAAAGAUGGCUCAGACUAUGGACCAGAUGGUUCUGCUUUGCCUUCUUCAGCCAAUUGGGCUCGAAAUCCCCAGCGCAGCCGAAGAGGUAGCCAUGCAACAAGCGGCGCUCCAUCCAGCCCUGCUAUUUCGGCCUCCCUGCCUACUACGACAGAAGUUGCUCAAGAAGCUGUGGAGGAUACUGAAUCUCCUCCAUCUACGCAACCGCCGGAAGAUGAUAAAAUCUCAAAUCAAGAUCCUGUUGAAGAACCACAGGUAUUGCCCUCAAAUGGCUCCCUCGCGACCAUUCUGCGGGCGUUGCAAAGUUGUACAUUUACUAGCUUCGUUACUCCGCAAUUCAACGAAUUGGAACCUCCGUUAUUCGAUAUCCGGGGAGGGAAGAAGCGGAAAGCCAUGCGUGAGGAUGAUGAUGCACGAAUCGGUGGGGACCAGAAGAAUGCGACCGAAGGACAAAAUCAGUCAGAAGGCGAGGCAGAGACAGGCGGCAGCCUUGCUCUCGGUGGUGAACCCGAAGAGCGUGACGUAGUCGGUGAUGGACAGGCGUUCGAGCACCGACAUCUCAACUCAUUCCCUCCAAUCCAAAGAAGCAAUGCCGAUACUCUCUUCGGUCCUGCUCUUAGUGGCGCAAAUUUCAAUCCAGGUACAGGUCAGAUGGGCCGAGGUGUCGCCCCUCAGCAGUUAAUGUCACUGCGGCCUCAAUCAGGGUUCAGCGAUCAGGUCCCUUCGGGCCUAUCUAGCCAGGCUACAUUCCAAAAUCAAGGUCAUAAUCGUCAAUCAUCCCGAUUCGGCUUUAUGGCUGACAGCCCGCCAGCAGCAACCAAUCUCAAAUUUGCCGCGAAUCCAAGAAUCAUGGGCCAGCAAUCGUCCAUGAUACCUAGCUCGUUGCAAUCCUCAGGUAGCAGCCACUUUUUUGGCAGCUCUAUGCCAGCGCCACCGCCAGGACUCAAGUCUACAAAUACACCACCAAAUAUUUUUGGUCAGGGAUUUGGCGGCUCGGCAUUUGGGGCUGCAACGAAAGACGCAUCUGGCGACUUGCUACAGAGUUUAAUUAGUAGGAGCCGAGGCGGUGGUAACCAGCCUCAUGAUGGUGGAAAGCCUCCUACUUCUGGCCUUUUGGCAUCGCUCUACGGUAACCACCCCGGAGCAUUCCAAGACUUUGGCUCGAAGCAGAAGAAGAAGGGGAAGAAGCAUAGACAUGCUAACACUUCCUCCUCGGGGGGGAGUGGUCUAGUGGAUCUUGCGGACCCGAGUAUACUGCAAGCGAGGAUGCAGCACCAAUCGCAAAGCAACACCGGAGUCAAUCAGGGAGUUUUUAGCGGCCAGAGCCAAGACCAUGACCUUAGUUUACCGGACGAAGCAGAAUUAUCAGUGGAUGCACUGGUCUCGGAUGAGUCGUUGCCGGCCCUGGCAUCAUCUCCAUCAGCUACUAACAUAGAGUCCCGUCGCUUGGCUUCUUAUUUGGAUAGCCAGGAUGCGCCUGUUCACUCAACUGCUAAAGAUAUACCGAUUCAGGGACAGUCACAGCGUUCGAAUUUGAUUCCAACUACGCCGCAUAUUCCAACCUUUGGAGCUGUGUAUGACCCAGCCUUUACUCAGGUGCCUUCGAAACUGGAUGGCCUCGAUCAAGAGGCCGACAUCCGCACCAAGCAUCAUGCGGCAAAGGACUCUUCUCCUGGUGCAAUACUCGGACCUUGGCCUACUUCUGCUAAAGGAUCUAUACUUCAGGAAAAGGAUUUUCCUGCUUUAGGUGCGCCAAGGACAAACGACACUAUGAGUACCAACGCCGGUUUAGCUACUUCCAAAACCAUGCUAUCGAAAACCAUACCGACAACCAGGAGGCAACAUGAUAAAAUUUCCGAAACUGUGCAUGUGGAUCAUGGAGAUGACAUUAACACGGAUGAAUCUCAAUCCACAAGAGGGAGCGACGACAAAUCCCUGGGUCCCAUGGCUCCGGGUUCUGGAGCUAUUUUCAUCUCUCCAUCUAAAGAAGACCCUUCAAAAGCAGAUGAAUUGGCGGAGAUUUCUAGAUUCCCACCCCUGCCUACCCCUGCAGUUACCAGUGGAGUGGCUACACCCUCACGAAGUAUGCCGAAAACGUUAAGAGUGGUUCCUUCAUCAAUCAAGACAGAGACUCGCCCGGCGUCACCGUCACCUCUUCCAAUCUCCACUGUACCUGCGGCAGGAAAGCCCGUACAUUCUCACCGGCCUGGCACCCCAGCCAGCGAAAUGAUCAGUGAUACCGCCUCUGUUACCUCAUUUUCGGUUUCCAUUUCUCGAGCUGGGUCACCUCCCCUCAGCAAGGUUGGCACCGCUCCAAUAAGAGGCACCACAAAGAGUCAGCAACGCAAACAGCGCAAAGAUGUGUUGAAACAAGAAACGAAGACCCUCGCUGAAACACCUAAGACGGAAGAAGCAGAACAUGCUCCUGUCAUCGGACGCAAGAAAAAACAGAAGAAGGAGAAGCCCGCUAAAGAGGUUAAUGUCUUGUCUUCGGCAGCUAUUCCCGCAGAACCAUUAAAGGACGAAACGAGUCCCCUAUCUAAAGAUGUUGGAAAGCGACUGCCUGAUUACAACAAUGAAGAAUCGAAAACAGAGAGCACGGGAUAUACGCACAAAGAAAAACAAGAUACGAGGAAUUCAGCAAAAGAGGUAAUCGAGAUAACGGCUUCGUCACCCACACCGUCAUUGCCCAAAGCAGCUGAACCUGCAGAUAAGACUCUUGAAAGACCACAGUCAAGCCCUGCAUCCGUCUUUGCCGAUAUAAGAGAGUCGCUCUGCACUGCUGCUCCCGAUAAGCUGCAACUGUUAAAGCCUGUUUCUAGCAAUUCAUCCAGGCCAGAGCACAGCUCAUUAAACCCAUUGGGCAAAAGGGGAGAUUGUAAAGAGAGCUCUUGCAGAUGUGGUGAGAUGCAAGAUGCUGAUCUUGCGGCACUACGAGCGGGAAGGCCUGUGCGUAAACAAUUUCAUACCGACGGCAGCCGCAUGCUUAUCACCCCCCACGGAGAUUGCAUCCGUGGGCUGACACCAGAAGAAGAGGACACCUUUUUAGCCCUCCAAACUGCCAUUGCUGCGACGGCAGAGAAUCCUGCUGCAUUUGUGGCGCCAAGACACCAGCCGAGUAGCGGAGCUUUCUCGCUCAUCAAGGGUCGAGCAGUUCCGAAUGGACGACCGAACAUUUUCCCCUCCACUGUGCAGCCACAAUCUCAGGACCCCAUUGGCAAGCUUCAACGAGAGGAUGCUUUAAGUUACAUCAAUCAGUAUGUGCUACCCAGACUAAGCCUUGGGGCUACUAGUAUGGGAUUCCCCAAGGGGGCAUCUUCUACUCGGGACUCGGCAAGUCUCAACUCUCUCGCGCCCUAUUUUUACGGCCCAGAUGCCGCCGCCGGAGUGGGCAUUUACAGCACUCCAGAAAGCGCUCGAGCUAUACAGGAUUUUGCUGCUCCUGGAAUGUCACUUGAUGAAAUUGGUAAAGGUGCAGCAGCCAGCUCAAUUGGAAAUAUGCCCCUGAUGAGCGUUGAGGACGCGGAAGCAGCGUUAACGGCGGCAAAGAGAGAGACCGAGAAGCUUGAAAAGGGCCUGAACCUUGUCAUCAAGCGGAACCGUAGGCUCUUACUUGGUGCUUGAUGCACUCAUGCGUAUGCUCUUGAACAGCGCGCUCUUAAACAAGCGUGCUCUAGAACAGCGGUUCGCAAAAUUAUGUAUUACUAGGUAUAUGUAACAUGUAAUUUUACCUAAAGGCAG